AUGAGUAUGGAUGAGGCAUCCAUCAAUAUGGAUGACUCAUCCAUGAGUAUGGAUGACUCAUCCAUGUGCAUGGAUGACUCAUCCAAGAGUAUGGAUGACUCAUCCAUGUGUAUGGAUGACUCAUCCAUGUGCAUGGAUGACUCAUCUAAGAGUAUGGAUGACUCAUCCAUGUGCAUGGAUGACUCAUCCAAGAGUAUGGAUGACUCAUCCAAGAGUAUGGAUGACUCAUCCAUGUGUAUGGAUGACUCAUCCAUGUGUAUGUAUGACUCAUCCAAGUGUAUGGAAGACUCAUCCAAGUGUAUGGAAGACUCAUCCAAGUGUAUGGAAGACUCAUCCAUAACCUCUGAACUUUUUACAGCUUCGUCUUGUGCUUGA